CGGCAUCAAGCUGGAACUGAAAUUGUUUUCUUCAAGCCAUGCCCUCAUCAUUGCUGCGCCCCGUCUCCACUCAUUUUCCACCUUUUUCUCUUUUCCCCACCUCAUUAUCUCUUCCCCAGCGAAGCAUCCCAUGCUCCUUCCAUGGCUGCCUCGCCGAGAACCUCUCGAGAUCUAACCCUCUUCCGCGCUCCACCGCCAUCGCCGGCCGCCAUAACUCGCAACACCUCCCCGGAAACCCACGAAGACGACGAUUUCUCCAGAUUCCUCAAACGUUCCCGCCGCAUUCCAGAACUGAUUUUGCCGCAUCGGAAUCCUCCGGAGAUUGAUUUGGGAUCCUUGAUCUCGCCGGAAAGGGAACUAUCGGAGAAAGAUAAUCUACGCUCAGCGGCCAGAUCGAUGGGAUGCUUCCAGAUUAUUAAUCAUGGGAUUAAGCAGAGGGUGAUUCAGGCUGCGGUUGAAACGGCGGAGGUGGUUUUUAAGGUACCGUUGGAGCGGAAGAAGGAGGCAGCUAGAUCACCGGAAAGAAAGUGGGGAUUUGAAGUGGAGGAGGAAGACGAUGUUGCGGAGAGCGAUGAGUUUUUCUGGUGGAGUGGUGAUGCAGAAGAGAUGGCGGGAGUUUUAGCGCCAGAGUACGAUGCUUUCAGGUAA